AUGACUCAUAUUCAAACUGAUCUACAGGCUGCUGAGGUGGGUUUCUUGGAGAUGAUCAAGACAUCGGGUGACUUCAAGUAUGGUGUGAAUAGUGGGGUCAUGGUGAAAAUCCCAUAUCUCUAUCAUUCUAUUCCCGAAUUCGGUAUCCAGCUUGUGGAGGACAGAGUCAACAGUCAGCUUUUGAAGAUGUUUCUCCUGUCGCCCCCGUCAGAGCCCCAUGUCCAAGAAAAAAUCACUUCUAUUGGCGAGGCUAUUGGGCAAUGGCUUGAAAUAUUUCAUGCUUGGGGCCGAGGACAUAUCGAUGAGGAUCUUAUGGAGAAGCUUCGUCGCAAUGAGGACCUUCACUGCAAGGAUGCCAACCCUCUAUAUGAAUCGGUGGUCAAUCAGUGUGACGAUGAAAUUCUUCGGCAAGCAGUUUUUAUGACUCUGAACAAGAAUGACCGACGAGUGCAAGGUGUAAUCCAUGGCGAUUUCUCUCCAAGAAAUAUUUUGAUUCAAUACAACAACUUGCCUACUGGCACAGAGCUCACAGUUAUUGACUGGGAGACUAUUACGUAUGAAAAUCAGCUACACGACUUUGCCAACAUGAUGGGAAUCAUCUACAUCCAGCAUUGUUUGAGUGGAGGCCCUUCUUUUAAAACGUUGCUUCAAGGUUUUGUUCGGGGAUACCGAAAACUGAGUGCGGACUUAAUUGCAGACGCCUUGAUCCUCACUGGGGUAUGGAUACUCUUUUUCCGGCAGAUUAUUUUUGGGGUUGAAAUAUCCGAUCGGCCCCGAUCGCAGGAGCAUGAAAACUUGAAGAAAUUGGCAGUCGACGUGAUCUCCAAAGGUAUGAAAGAAGGUUUUGGUUCAAUUGAAGACGCAUUUUUGGGGCCUUUAUCGAGUGUUUGA